UCUAACGGCGUUCUGGGGUGCCUGUGUUGGAUUUUAAAAUCAAGACAAUAUGUUCCGUCAAAGUGUUCGGCGAUUUGGCACCACGGCCCUCCGUGCCGCAGAGGGCUCGACUGGUUAUGCAGUGCGAGUGUCGCAGGCGCAGGGCUAUGUCAACGGCCUUACGGAAGCAAUCGGAAACACGCCGCUCAUCCGCCUGAAGCGCCUCUCCGAGCAGACCGGCUGCAACAUCCUCGGCAAAGCCGAGUUCCAGAACCCCGGUGGCAGUGUGAAGGAUCGCGCGGCGUUAUUCGUGGUCAAAGACGCCGAGGAGAAGGGCCUGCUCAAGCCCGGUGGAACGGUUGUGGAAGGCACCGCAGGCAACACGGGUAUUGGGUUGGCGCACGUGUGCCGGUCGAAGGGAUACAAGCUCGUGAUCUACAUGCCCAACACCCAGUCGCAGGGCAAGAUCGAUCUGCUGCGUCUGCUGGGUGCGGAGGUGUACCCUGUCCCCGCGGUGGCGUUUGACAACCCGCAGAACUACAACCACCAGGCCCGGAGACACGCCGAGUCGCUCGAGAACGCCGUCUGGACGAACCAGUUCGACAACACCGCCAACCGCCAGGCGCACAUUGCCACCACCGGUCCGGAGAUCUGGGCCCAGACGGGCGGCAAGGUCGACGCUUUCACUUGUGCGACUGGCACUGGUGGCACGCUGGCGGGUAUCACGCGCGCGCUGAAGGAUGCCAGCGACGGGAAGGUCAAGUGUUUCCUGGCUGACCCGCCGGGCAGUGUGCUGCACAGCUACAUCCAGAGUGGAGGCACGCUGAAGGAGCGGUCCGGAAGCAGCAUCACCGAGGGUAUUGGACAGGGCCGUGUGACGGACAACCUGGCGCCGGAUGUUGACCUGCUGGACGGCUCGCUGACCAUCGCCGACGAGAAGUCCAUUGAGAUGGUGUACCGCUGCCUGGACGAAGAAGGUCUGUACCUGGGGGCGAGCUCCGCGCUCAACGUUGUCGCCGCGAAGGAAGUCGCGGAGAAGCUCGGCAAGGGCAACACGGUCGUCACCAUCCUCUGCGAUGGUGCUUACCGGUACGCGGAUCGCCUGUUCUCGGACACGUGGCUGCAGAACAAGGGGUUGCGCAAUGCCAUUCCCAAGCACCUUGAGAAGUACAUUGUGCUUCCUUAAACAAGCAUUAAGUCUUUUAAAAAGAGUUUAUAGACGGUUGGACACAACCAAUACGGUUACGACAGCUGCCGUACUCACGCUGAACGUUUCAAUGUGAUCAUUACUGUACAUAGCAAUUUGAUUUGAC